CUGAAGUUUCCCAUUCCCGGUGUCUACUUCUUAUCUGAUGUAUUUUGAUGAUAUCAAAUAGAUGACACGCAGACGCACACAAGCACUCAUAUCUUAUGAGAACAAGACCAGGUCUGUUUAAGAGCAAAACACAGCCCUUAACUGCCAGUUUGAACACCUCAAGUGACUGCUACCCAAGUCAUGACGCUCCCAUUCCAAAAAGACUUAGACAAAUACAAGGAUCUUGAUGAGGAUGAAAUUCUGGGCAAGCUUUCAGAAGAAGAAUUAAAGCAACUGGAAACUGUUCUGGAUGACCUUGACCCUGAGAAUGCACUUCUGCCAGCGGGCUUCCGACAGAAGGACCAAACUGUUAAAAAAGCCUCUGGUCCUUUUGACAGAGAACGACUCCUUGCCUUUUUGGAGAAGCAAGCACUAGAACACAAAGACAGGGAGGAUUUUGUGCCUUAUACAGGGGAAAAGAAAGGAAAAAUAUUUAUUCCCAAGAAGAAGACUGUACAGUCAUAUAAAGAAGAGAAAGUGUCUCUCGAUCCAGAAUUAGAGGAAGCCUUGACAAGUGCCACAGAUACAGAAUUAUGUGACCUUGCAGCUAUCCUGGGAAUGCACAACUUGAUAUCGAACGCUGAUUUCUGUGAUAUAGUUGGAAGUAGCAAUGGUGUUGACAAAGAGAGCUUCUCAAAUAUAGUAAAAGGUGAAAAGAUUUUGCCAGUUUUUGAUGAACCGCCAAAUCCCACAAAUGUGGAAGAAGCACUGCAGAGGAUUAAAGAUAAUGACUCUCGUCUUGUUGAAGUGAAUCUGAACAAUAUAAAGAACAUCCCGAUUCCAACGCUGAAAGAAUUUGCAAAGGCUUUGGAAACCAACACUCAUGUGGAGAAAUUCAGCCUUGCAGCUACUCGAAGCAAUGACCCUGUUGCUGUUGCUUUUGCUGAUAUGCUGAGAGUAAACAAAACAUUGAGAAGUCUAAAUAUAGAAUCCAACUUCAUCACUGGAGCUGGCAUUCUGGCACUGACUGAUGCACUAAAAGAGAAUGAAACCUUGACAGAGAUCAAAAUCAAUAACCAGAGGCAGCAGUUGGGACAACCUGUAGAAAUGGAAAUUGCCAAGAUGCUUGAGGAGAACACACAGAUCCUUAAAUUCGGAUACCAGUUCACACAACAGGGACCACGGACCAAGGCAGCUGCAGCUAUCACAAAAAAUAAUGAUUUGGUCUGGAGUGUGCAAGUAAAAAUUUCUGCAAAUGCCCUUUCAUCUCUCCAGCCCUGAAGCUACAGAGACAGUUCGCAAGAGAAGGAUUGAAGGAGACCAUCAAUAAAUCUUGCUGCUGCCAGAAUGGAUUGUGUGAAGAUGUCAUAGAUCUUCAAGGCUCAUUGUGGGCUUGGCAGUCUCUGACUUCAUUUAUCUGGGUAGAAGGGAAAAGACUGGAAACCCCAUUCCUUUUUUGUAAAAUUACAUUAAUUAUCUGCGUGGUAUGCAUCACAUUUCUCAGUUUCAGGCAUAGUACCUGCACCUGACUGCAGAGAUCAGGUUUUUUAAAAGAACUUUUUUAUAUUUCAAGACUUCCUACUAUACUUUCCGCUAAAAUGAUGUAAAUUCAGAAAUCAAUGGAGUGGUUGUCUAUUCAAAGAAUGCCACGUGAAGGAUCAGUGGGUAAAUAACAAAAACAAUUGGAGUAUGUUUCUGAUAGAAAAGCUAGGGUGGUUAUUUAAGUGGAAGGAUUUGUAUUUUUUUUUUUAUUUUUUUUUUUUUUUUAGAACAAUGGUUUAGUGAAAAGGGAUUCUUCAUGCAGAACAACUGGGCUCUUUGUAGCUAUUCAGCCUUGUUCAUAUGAACUUAAAGAUUAAUUUUUCACAGCUAUCACAGUUGCAGUUCUAUUUUUUAUGUUCUUGAUCAGGUUAAAAUGCUUUAAUACUGUGAUUAAGCUUGAAAGUUGUCUGUUUUUAAAACAAAAUUAAUUGGAUAAGGACUUCUACUUUUUUUCAACAUUCAGGAAACUAAUAUAAAGUGAAGAUGCCUUGAAAAAUUGACAGUGUCUGUACUAAACCAAAAAGCCUCCAAAACAGCUUAUGCUGGAAAAUAUUCUGAGACUGUACUUUGCUCUGAUGUGUCUAAACUGAGCUUUAGAUUUGAUUUUUGUAUGUUCCUCAGCAUUGUUUAGGGUAUAGCAUUCUUUCUUUUAAAAAUAUCUAUAUCUAAAUAUAGUAAAAAGCAUAGGAGUUUUCUAGAAGUAGUGGACAUGCAUUCUUUAAGAAAUGCUGACUAGUGGGUGCUGAAAAAGCAAUCUUACGAACUGUAAAAAUCCUACGGUCCCUGGUGGUAGUUAGUUGGUUAUUCUGUUUGUUAAACUAAAAUCAGUCAUACUUCCUUCCAUAUAAAAUGGUGACAACUGUAUCAGACAAGUUUUCGUCUGUCACAAUGAUAAAAGGUCUUUCUGGUCCACUGACUUAUGGUCCUAUUGUCAUGAUGUAAACUAUGCUGAAACUUACUAGUUCUAACAAAUUUCUAAUGUGUUGGACAGUAUAUUCACAAUAUUAUUCGAGACCAUUUAUUGAAGAUAGGCAUUUAGUCAAAUGUGUCACUGCAAAUGUUGUCAAGUUCUAUAUCUUCAAAAACUAACUGGGUGACAAAAGUCACUUCACUUUUAGUACUAAAUAGAAGUGGACUUUUUGGGGGUAUUGUGAAAUUUAAAUAGUUUUUACUCGUGCUGUUUUUUUGAAUUGCACUGUAUGAAAUGCUACAAUGUUGCCCAUUAUGCAAUAAAAGUAGAAGCAGGUUCUAAGGAACCAGACAACUACAUUUAUAGUGGCACACAAUUCAAACGUUGUAAGUGUCAAUAUCCUUAAAAUGAUCAUAAUUAUGGUGAGUUUAUAUAAACUAUGUAUUGGGGAUGUGAAAGAAAAAUGUCUAGAACAGAUUUAUGCAUCAUAUUUAGAGAAACUUACACUGUAAUUGUGCCCACAUGUUCUGUUAUAAAUCACAUUUUUUUGGUUUUGCUCUUUUCUCUGAAAAUGACUUUAAACUUGUGGCAUGUGUACAAUGACUUUUAAGCUAUGAACCUCCAAUGAAGAUGUAAAUACCUAGGUUUAUAAGGGUAGAAAAAUUAGCGAUUUUUGUGGUUCAUUCUAAAUGAACCUAUUAUAGCCUAGAUAGCUAUGUAAUCUUGCAAGAAUGAAAAGGAAGUUGGGACAAUUUCUAUUAAAACCAAAGAUAUCUUACAUUCGCACGCUGCUCAGUAGCCAGAAAUUGUUAUUGGUCAUAAAAAGAGUGCUCCUUUUUGUCUUUUGGCUUACAGUAAUUUACAUAAUUUAAGAGGUCUUUGAAAGAUGCUGUUCUGACGUUUGAGUUCAUAAAUAUUUGCUUCCAAACAUGAAUUAAAAGCUAAGUGUCUUUUCAAGAAAUGGUGCUGUACAGAUGUGGCCAAAGCAUAGUAUACAUGUAACCUGUCUCAAACUGUAUGUUUAAGGUGCCUAAUUUAUAAAACACCAAGUAACCAUUUUGUGUCAAAUAAUCAAACUGUAAAACUUUCCUUCUGUCUGCUUAAAGGCGCUGCAUAUCCCUCAAAUCUGUUCCUGUUAUUUGUUUGAUCAACAGUUAUGCAAAUUUGCUAGCUACUGUGUAUUCUAAUCCAGGUGGAAAAUGAUACACUGGGAUGGACUGGGUAAUGAAAAAUUAGUCUGUUGCCUGUUUGAAUUAAGUCUGGCUCCUUUAUGGUCUAAGUGCAAAUCAGUGGCUUAGGAUAAAGUGGUCAAGAGUUUUGUUAUAAUUAAAGUAGCAGACCACCUUGUGCCAGCCCUUACUAGUGUAACCAGCAUAAUCCUAUUGAAAUAAAUAGGUGCAGCUCCGUAGACAUCCACUGAGCAUUUGGCUACCCAUUGGCAAUCUAAGCAGAGAAAAGUCAGACAGAUUGGACAUGGAGAAUAAACUAUUUGGCCAUAGAGGAUUAUCCCUUCAAGUUAGGUUUGAGGCAUUUUUGGCAGGGGAACAGGGAGAAACUUCAGUGUUUGCUGCCUUUCGUGCCUGUGGUAUACCUUUUCUGGGGAUAAAUGAAGGUAGGAAUCUAGCUUCCAGUGAGUAACCCUAAACAGACUCAGAAAGCAGAGCUAACUUUCAGAUUUACUGGUUUCAAAUAUAUAGUAAAGACUUGAAUAUGAUAAGUACAUAUGGUAUUGAUUUUUGUAAUAAAUUAGCAUAUAUACUGGGCCUGUUUCCCAAAAGACAUGACAUUUGUGUGCUUUUUAAGCUUGGUUCUUGGUCAAGUAACUUCAGUUUUGAAAACAGGCAUUAAUCUUGGAAAACAAUCAAAUGACCACAUGUUCUGUUGUUUGUCUUGGGUUCUAUCCUCAAGGAAGAGAAUCAUGGACUGAAUAUAUUCCCAAAACCUUUUGUAAACUCUCUUCUUCCAAUUGCACUCUAGAGAAAUGGUCUCAUUGUCUCCACAGCUUUUUUGGUAUGUAUAAUAUUGUUUGUAAGCUACAAACAAUGGUCUGUUCAAUUUAAAUUUCCAUGAAGGAAAUGCAAAUUGAGUAUGUCAGCAUAUCAGCACUCUAUGCUGUUGAAUUGUAAUACAGUAAAAUGUCUGAAGAAUCAAAAUACGGUUUGGUUUGGUUUUUUAAUAGUAUUCAGAAAGGUGAAUCUUGUAUGUGCUUCAAGCUAUUGCUGGUAUUUGUCAUGUGGAAAGUAUUAGUUCAGUGCAUGGCAGAAAAGAGCACUGACUAGUAUAAAAUGUCCAUAGUAAUAGUGAUAAACUACUCUUAACCCAGUCCAAACAUUUAAGCCAGUGGCUAGAUAUAAAAAUCUUAAUUACUUUCUGCUGGUUCAACUUAUAUAGCAGCACAAAGGUUGUAGCCUUGCCCUAGACAUUGCAAACAGUAUGUUCCACUACUUUCCAUUUCUCCAAGGUGCUUUAUCAUGGCAGGGUGUGCUAGACAGAGAGUGGGGUUGGGGGACCCAGAUGAGGUGAAACAACUUUUUCAGUACAGCUACCCCUUUAGACACUGGCAGAAUCGGAGUUUGCAACUUGAAAUUGCACAAAUACAUAGGCAUAGCAGGAUUCGGUUUUUUAUCAAUAAACAUUGAUCAAUGGCGAUUCCACCGCGUGGUCCCAGACUGACGGAAAAAUAUUUCCUGUGGCAAUAAUCAAAAUUAACAUAGAAGUGACUGUAACAAGAAACCCUUACCCCUGUUACUGGCCAGUGGAAAAAGAUGCGGAGGGACAGUGUGGAGAGGUUAAAUGGGAAAACAGUGGAUGGCCUGAUGACCAGGGAUCCUGGUUUUCCCUGAUAAAAAAAGUCACAAAUUCUCUGCUAAAAAAUUUCAUAUUCUCUGUUAACCCCCCCCCCCAAUCUAUGAUUAAAAUAACACCCCCCACCCCUCCCCCGGUCCUGCUGGUGCCACUCACAUUCUCCCCACUGCCCACCCAGCCCUCCCAGAGCAGGUCCCUGGCUGCUAAGGCUACAGGGUCCUGGCUCUGGGUCCGCAACCAGGCAGGAGGCAGCGGCUGCUGCAGUAGAGUGGAGCCCCCUGCUGUGAGCUUGGGCAGGGGAGGCCAGCUCCCUGCUGCUGCACGCACUCUCCAGGGGGCAGGGGGGACCCAUGCCCCCUGAUCUGUGCAUGGGGCAGGCACAGGCUGCGAGCUCAGGCUCCCACCCUGCUGCUCUACCCUGGGGCCUCCACAGCCCAGCACGCAUAACCCAGCACAGCAGGGCUGUGUGGAGAAGCUGCCUGCCACUGCAAGCCUGGCGCUGCUCUGGCUGGCAACAUGCUUCCACGCAUGGCUGCAGUGAGGGCAGCAGCACAGCGUUGCACCAAUCAAAGCUACCCCGCACACAGUGGAGGCAUCAUCAGGGCAGCACGGAGCUUGUAACAGCAAGCAACUUCUCUGCGUGGGCCCGCUGUUCCCAGCCGCACUGGGUUGUGCCCACUGGGAUGCAGAGGUCCCAGGGAAGGGCAGGAGCUUGAGCCCAUAGCCCAUGUCCUCCCCCACUACCUGCCCCAUGCACAGAUCUGGGGGGGCACAGAUUCCCCCUUGCCCCUUGGGAUUGCGUGCAGUACUGGGGAGCCAGCCCCCCCCAACAAGCUGCCCACAACCCUGUCCCACUUUUCACUGGGGCCCUGCAGCAGCACAUUGCAGCCCCAAGCCCCAUGCACCGCCUGGCUGGGCAGCAGCCCCAGCCCUGACCCCACAGGAGCUCAAUACCUUCCCCCCCCAACCUACUUACCUGCAGGAGCUGCUCUCCAGGCUGCUUGGGGCCAUGUGCAUGAUGUACAUACACAUGGUGCCCCCUGCCUGACCUCCUUUCUCCUGCUCCCUCCCAGGCCCCUGCAGGCUGGAACUGUGCCAGCCUGCAGGGAGCUCAUCGCAAAACUGCAAAAUCUGUGGGCUUCUCCGGUAAAAUGAGAAAUCUGCGUUUGCCUCCGGCAAAAGGUAAAAUCUGCAGCUUACUCCAUUUUUUUCGUGGGAAAUGGAAAACCUGGGUCUCUGCUGAUGCCACCUGGUUUCACAGGUGUCAGAAAUAGGCUGAAGGGAGAUAACAGACUACUUAAACCCUUGCCCCAAAGCCCAUUGGGGGGGGGGCGGGGAGGGAGGGGGAGAGAGUAUUUGAGGCUCCAGCCCCAUGGCAGCAGGGUUUUGCCUAGGCCAGACCAGCUAAGCUGAAUGAACAAUGAUUUAAAGCAGGUAUGAUUUAUGGAUAUAUACUUUUUAUGUUUUGACGUGAUUUUUAUAAAGCUUUUACCAGUAUACCGUCAUUAUCAUUGCUAAAUUGUCUACCCCCCACAUCCCUAAUUUUGCACAAUCCUGAAAGUGUAAAUUGAUAAAAAUCUAAAUAAAUGCUUAAAAAUAAACCUCAA